UUGACGACCCACAGUACUUCGUGGCGGGAGAGUAAAUGACCAUACAUUUUUGAGCAAUUUCAUUCUAUACUUUCUUCGUGCUGUUUUUAUUUUCUUUCUGUUGACCUCAGGCUGUUUUGGAGGCUGCCUGUCAAUUAUUUUAUUUGCUUACUUUUCAUUGCUUUGUUUACUAGUACCCUCUUUGAAGACCGUUUUGUUUAUCAGAAAAGGAUAUUUAGCCAUGACCUCUUUGAUAUCACUGGCUUUUUUGACAAUGGCGACCAUCUAUAUGGUGGCUGCCAGCUGCCCGGCCGUGUGCCAGUGCCCCGCGGUGCCCCCCUCGUGCCCUCCUGGCGUGAGCUCCGUGGAGGACGGCUGUGGCUGCUGCCGGGUGUGUGCCGCCCAGCUCAACCAGGACUGCAGCGCCGAGCGCCCCUGUGACCACCACAAGGGCCUCGAGUGUAACUACGGCAACGACGCUGCCAGCGAGUGGGGCGUGUGCAGAGCCAAAUUGGAGGGCCGCAGCUGCGAGUUCGGCGGCCGCAUGUACCAGAACGGCGAGAGCUUCCGCGUGGGCUGCAAGCACCAGUGCACGUGUGUGGACGCCGCGGUAGGCUGUGCCCCGCUCUGUGCCACCCAGCUGCCCCUGGCCUCCGCCGAGUGCCCCUACCCGCGCCUGGUCCGCGUGCCCGGCCAGUGCUGCUUCAGCGUGGACUGCCACAUGGGGGCGCUGCCGCCCCUGCUGCCCCCGAAGACGCGGAAACCGACGAAGACCAGGCCCAAGCAGCAGCAGCCACAGCAUCAGGACCAGAAUCGCCUUGACGAUGGCCAACAGUACAGCCUGACACCGCACCGUCCAGAUUAUCAGAACAAUAGGGUGACCAACGAGGUGGCGGAGAGAGGAACGCUGAACUGGGCAGACGAGCAAGGCUACAAGCAUCUACCAGUCUGGAGUCCCUCUCAGAAGUGUGUGGUUCAGACCACUGAUUGGUCACCGUGCUCCAGCAGCUGUGGAGUGGGUGUGUCCUCCCGCAUCACCAACGACAAUGCCCAGUGCAAGCUGCAGAAGGAAACCCGCCUCUGCAACAUCAGACCCUGCAGCUCAUUGGAUAUCCUCCCCAAGAAGGGAAAGAAGUGCACCCGCACCCGGAAGUCCCCCGAGCCUGUCCGCCUCGCCUACGCCGGCUGCCGCAGCGUCCGCCUCUACCGACCCAACCACUGCGGCGUGUGCCUGGACGGCCGCUGCUGCCAGCCUGCCCGCUCCCGCACCGUCCAGGUGCCCUUCCGGUGCCCCGGCGGCACGCAGGUGGAGCGCGCCGUCAUGUUUGUCCAGUCCUGCCGCUGCAGCAGCGAGGACUGCGGCCAUCUGAACGAAGCGGCGCUGCCGCCCAAGCGCUGGAUGUACGGAGACACCCACAAGUUCCUGGACUAGAGAGGAAGAGA